ACUCUUCCAAAGAAGGAAAAAAGAAAAAAAGAAAAAAAAAAAAGUCCCAACAAACGCUUCUGAAUUUCAAAUCUCUCCCCGAUUCGCGGCUCCGAUAAUCUUCCGGAAUCGCAAUUUCUCCGGUGAAUGGAGGCGAUUAGAAAACAGGCGACGAAGCUCAGAGAACAAGUCGCCAGACAACAGCAGGCUGUCCUUAAACAGUUUGGAGCUGGGGGGUAUGGAGCUUCAGAUAAUAUAGUUACGGAUGAGGCAGAGCUUCAGCAGCAUCAAAAGCUUGAGAAGCUUUACAUCUCAACACGUGCUGCCAAGCAUUUUCAACGGGAUCUCGUGCGCGGUGUAGAAGGAUAUAUUGUCACAGGGUCCAAACAAGUUGAAAUAGGAACUAAGUUGUCUGAGGAUAGCAGGAAAUAUGGUGCUGAAAACACUUGUACUACUGGUAGCACAUUAUCAAAAGCAGCUCUAAGUUAUGGGCGUGCUCGUGCUCAAAUGGAGAAGGAGCAUGGAAAUCUAUUGAAGGCCUUUGGUACACAGGUUGCUGAACCAUUAAGAGCAAUGGUAAUGGGAGCUCCUAUAGAGGAUGCACGACAUCUUGCUCAGCGUUAUGACAGGAUGCGACAGGAAGCUGAAGCUCAGGCUAUUGAAGUUUCCAAACGCCAAGCAAAAGUGAGGGAAACACCGGGCAAUCCUGAGAAUGUUUUGAAAUUGGAAUCUGCAGAAGCAAAACUGCAAGAUCUGAAAUCAAAUAUGGGAAUUUUAGGGAAGGAAGCUGGUGCAGCAAUGGCCGCUGUUGAAGCCCAACAACAAAGAUUGACACUUCAGCGGCUUAUUACUAUGGUUGAAGCUGAACGCACAUACCAUCAGAGAGUCUUGCAGAUACUUGAACAGCUUGAAAGCGAGAUGGUAUCAGAGCGACAACGAAUUGAGGCACCCUCUAGUGCAAGUGUGGACAGCAUGCCUCCACCUCCUCCAUAUGAGGAAGUUAAUGGAGCAUAUGCUUCUCAAAUGCAUAAUGGGUCUACAGACAGCAUGGGAUACUUCUUAGGAGAGGUUAUGCAUCCCUAUCAAGCUGUAUCUGAUGUGGAGCUGACUUUGUCAAUUGGAGACUAUGUUGUUGUCCGAAAGGUGACAAACAAUGGCUGGGCUGAAGGAGAAUGCAAAGGAAAAGCAGGUUGGUUCCCUUAUGGAUAUAUCGAAAGAAGGGAACGUGUACUUGCAAGCAAGGUGGCAGAAGUUUUGUAAAGUUUUCUGCUUGUUGGCUUCUAGGAAGAGUGCUUGGUGUGUAUCCUUGGCUCUAAAUGUAUUCAAAGGCGGAGGGUCUGUUGUCACAGAUAGAAUAUUGCUUCAUCACCUAGUUUUGAUCUCUUAUAAAAUACCACCAUUUCCCCUCUUUGUUGUUGUGGAUAUGUGAAUACAUUUUAUAUCUUAAUUAUUUAUUUUUUGGUGAUAUGAAUCCUCAUUUGUUGACAUCUCUUCAUUGACGAGUAACCGGCCGCAAUGUUUGCUCUUAUGCCUCCACUAUGUUGUAGAUGUUAUUGUUAUAAAAAAAAGGUAUAAAU